AUGGCGAGGAGGUUCGGCUUAUCAAACCCUCAGGUUGUCAUGACCUCCAAGCGGGAAACGGGUACUCCUCAGUGUAUGUUCCAGUCAGGCAAGCGAUGCUACAUUUGGAACGAGAUGGAUGACAUGGUCUGGCAAAUCACCAAGCCUGUAGGAGUGAUGGCCAUACUCCGCACCAUGGUCACAAAGGGGGAGAAAGCUUUGAAAGUGAAGGAAGUUGAGCCAGCUGAGGAUUACAACGAUGAAGAUGACAAUGAUACGCCCGCUGCGUUUGUUGUCAAGAGGCGCCAGGGGAAGGUUCAAAGUUUUUCCUCGGGGCUAGUUCGGCGGGGCAUAGGGCAAGCAAAGCUGCCACAGGGUCCUGGAGCCUUGUGCUCGACCGGGCCCUGUACUAUAUAA